GUCCACAGCCCAGCCUUUUCCCCCACCCCAGGCCUGAGCAGGAAGGAAAGCUUCUUGCUCCUCUCCCUGCACAACCGCCUGCGUAGCCGGGUCCAGCCCCCUGCGGCCAACAUGCGGAGAAUGGACUGGAGUGAGAGCCUGGCCCAACUGGCUCAAGCCAGGGCAGCCCACUGCAGCACAGGAGCCCCCCACACGGCCUUGUCAUCUCAGCAUGACCCCCAAGUGGGCUGGAAUGUGCAGCUGCUGCCCCAGGGCUCGGCGUCUUUCACCCAAGUGGUUGGCCUGUGGUUCGCAGAGGGGCAGUGGUACAGCCAUGCAGCCGGCGAGUGCUCCCACAAUGCCACCUGCAGCCACUACACUCAGCUCGUGUGGGCCACCUCAAGCCAGCUGGGCUGUGGGUGGCAUCCAUGCUCCAUGGGCCAGGCAGCAAUGGAAGCCUUCGUCUGCGCAUAUGCCCCCGGAGGCAACUGGGAGGUGAACGGGAAGACAAUCAGCCCUUACAAGGAAGGUGCCUGGUGCUCACUCUGCACAGCCAGGCGUUCAGGCUGCUUCAAAGCCUGGGACCAUGCGGGAGGGCUCUGUGAGGUCCCCAGGAACCCAUGCCGCGUGAGCUGCCGGAACGGCGGACAACUCAACGUGAGCACCUGCCGCUGCCACUGUCCCCCUGGUUACACAGGCAGGUACUGCCAAGUGCGGUGCAGCGUGCAGUGUGUGCACGGACAGUUCCGGGAGGAGGAGUGCUCCUGUGUCUGCCAGACCGGCUUCGGGGGAGCCCAGUGUGCUACCAAGGUGCACUUUCCCUUCCAUGCCUGCGACCUGCAGAUUGAUGGAGACUGCUUCACAGUGUCUUCAGAGGCAGACACCUACUACGGAGCCAAGAUGAAGUGUCAGGAACAGGGUGCUGUGCUAGCCCAGAUUGAGAGUCAAAAAGUCCAGGACAUCCUCGCCUUCUACUUGGGUCGCCUGGAGACCACCAACAAGGUGCCCGACACUGACUUUGAGACCAGGAAUUUCUGGAUCGGGCUGACCUACAAGGCCGGCAAGGACUCCUUCCGCUGGACCACGGGGGCACACCACACCUUCACCAGCUUUGCCUUUGGGCAGCCUGACAAUCAAGGGUUUGGUAACUGCGUGGAGCUGCAGGCCUCAGCUGCUUUCAACUGGAAUGACCAACGCUGUAAAACCCGGAACCGUUACAUCUGCCAGUUUGCCCGAGACCACAUUUCUCGUUGGGACCCUGGAACAUGAGGUCUGACCAGGCGGUUCCCUCGCCAGCCCCUUGGUGCACCAGCUUGCCUGCCUGCCCCCCACACCUGUCUGGGACAAGGACCAAGCGAGGACGAUCCACUC